GGCCUGUCAUGCUUGUGACAGAGGAAGGGAAGUUGGUGCCCAGUGAGGCUGACGCUCCACUCUGUGCGUAGGCACUGACCGCCUGUACAGAACUGUGGGUCUCCCGCGCUCUGUGCCAGGGGGUCUCACACCUGCACUCACGUCCGCGGUCCCAGGUUACCUUGGAGCCUCCGUCGUCGUCUGGAGAAAGAUGGCCUCCAGCCUGACUUGUACCGGGGUGAUCUGGGCUUUGCUCUCGUUCCUUUGUGCUGCCGCCUCCUGCGUGGGGUUCUUUAUGCCUUACUGGCUCUGGGGGUCCCAGCUGGGCAAGCCCGUGUCCUUCGGCACGUUCCGGCGGUGCUCGUACCCCGUGCACGAUGAGAGUCGGCAGACGAUGGUCAUGGUGGAGGAAUGCGGGCGCUAUGCCUCCUUCCAGGGCAUCCCCAGCGCCGAGUGGAGGAUCUGCACCGUCGUGACCGGCCUGGGCUGUGGCCUCCUCCUCCUGGUGGCCCUCACUGCCCUCAUGGGGUGCUGUGUGUCGGAGCUCAUCUCCAGGACAGUGGGAAGAGUGGCUGGAGGAAUUCAGUUUCUGGGGGGCUUGUUGAUUGGUGCUGGCUGCGCUCUCUACCCCUUGGGCUGGGACAGCGAGGAAGUCCAGCAGACUUGUGGCUACAUUUCCGGCCAGUUUGACCUGGGUAAGUGUGAAAUCGGCUGGGCCUACUACUGCACAGGAGCGGGUGCCGCCACUGCCAUCCUGCUGUGCACGUGGCUGGCUUGCUUCUCCGGCAAGAAACAGAAGCAGUACCCAUACUGAGAUGGAGCCACCGGGAAUAAACAGAGGAGGAGAUGGACUGAAGGGGCUUGGAGGUACCGAAGCGUCCAGCUGCUUUCAAAAGGUGGAAUAGUGGUUCUAGUCCAUACGAUGCUAAUGGGAUGAAACCCAAUGGAAUCAGAAACAUUACAUUAUGUAGAAGGGACGUGCAAGAUUUGGAAAAGAGAUGAAGAGCAUGGAAUGAUAGAGGAAAAUGGACCAAAGGCUAAAAAUAUCGCAGGGGCGUUAGGUGUUUCUAUUCCACGGAGUAUUAUUAAUAUAGAAUGCAUUCACACCCGAAACAAAUCUGUAUAUGCAAACGAGGGUUUUUGUUUUGUUUUUAAGAUAAAGACUCGGAGAAUCAAAAGGGCUAGCAGAGACAGUGUUCUGUUGGGAAGCAGGGUAACCCGCAGAUGCUCCCUACAGAUCAUGGCGCUUCUGAAAGCACACGAGCACAUAGAGACGCACACGUCCUCACACCUGCCACGCUCACACAUUAAGUCGUCACGAAGACUGAGCGAGAGGCCUGGCGGUGCAUCACUCCUCAGUUUUCCUUUUAUUAUACUUUUAAAAUACAGUAUUAUCACUUUAUAGAGCAUACAUUAACCCUAAUAAACGGACCAAUAAGCCACUCUAUCAGUAUUUUGUAUACCCCGCAUAAGGUCUUUAUGCCUCAAUAUGUUUUCAUCGUUUAUGCAGACCUUAGCGUCAAGACUUUGUAUUUCAAUAUUGUUCAAAAAUAUGGUGUACUUCUCUGAGUAGCUUCUGCUAUGAUAUUCUUAUGAAGUAAAGGGGCAUAUUUCUGUCCAUUUGCCAGUCAUUAGAUCUUAUUUUCUUUUGUCUGUUAUCGGACUGUGCUGUAUCACAUUUAUUUCAAUAUUCAUUUUGUAAAAAACAAAAAGUGCUAUUUUGUUUGUAUUUGAAAGCUCUGUGAAUAAAUUCUCUUUGAUCAAUAAAUGAGUCAUAGUAUUAAUUAA